AUGAGGAGCAGGAGUAACUCGGGGGUCCGGCUGGACGGCUAUGCUAGGCUGGUGAAUCAGACCAUCCUGUGCCACCAGAAUCCGGUGACCGGCUUGCUCCCAGCCAGCUAUGAUCAGAAAGAUGCCUGGGUCCGGGAUAAUGUGUACAGCAUACUGGCUGUGUGGGGUUUGGGUCUGGCCUAUCGGAAGAACGCAGACCGGGAUGAGGAUAAGGCAAAAGCCUAUGAACUGGAGCAGAGUGUAGUGAAGCUGAUGAGAGGACUGCUACACUGCAUGAUCAGACAGGUCGAUAAAGUGGAAUCCUUCAAGUAUAGUCAGAGCACCAAGGAUAGCCUCCAUGCCAAGUACAACACCAAGACCUGUGCCACUGUAGUGGGUGAUGACCAAUGGGGACACUUGCAAUUGGAUGCUACAUCUGUGUACCUGCUCUUCUUAGCACAAAUGACUGCUUCAGGACUCCACAUCAUUCACAGCCUAGAUGAAGUCAACUUCAUACAGAACCUUGUGUUUUACAUUGAAGCAGCAUAUAAAACUGCUGAUUUUGGAAUCUGGAUUGAGAAGGUAAGGUGUGGAAUGAGUGAUAUCAUUGCUGUUACCCUGUCUUCCUUACAGGCAGCCCUAGAAGCAUUAGAUGAACUGGACCUGUUUGGUGUGAAAGGUGGUCCCCAAUCAGUUAUUCAUGUCUUGACUGAUGAAGUACAACACUGCCAGUCUAUUCUGAAUUCGAUACUCCCGCGGGCUUCAACAUCCAAAGAAGUUGAUGCUAGUCUACUUUCAGUUAUUUCCUUCCCAGCCUUUGCAGUAGAAGAUAGCCAGUUGGUAGAGCUUACAAAACAAGAGAUCAUCACCAAACUUCAGGGUCGUUAUGGUUGCUGUCGGUUUCUAAGGGAUGGAUAUAAAACUCCUAAAGAGGAUCCCAAUCGUCUGUACUAUGAACCAGCUGAGCUGAAGUUAUUUGAAAAUAUUGAGUGUGAAUGGCCAUUGUUCUGGACAUAUUUUAUCCUUGAUGGGGUCUUUGGUGGCAAUGCAGAACAGGUUCAAGAGUAUAGAGAGGCUCUUGAAGGAGUCCUUAUCAAGGGCAAAAAUGGAGUGCCACUUUUGCCAGAGCUGUACAGUGUUCCUUCUGACAAGGUUGAUGAAGAAUACCAGAAUCCUCACAGUGUGGAUCGAGUCCCCAUGGGCAAGUUGCCUCACAUGUGGGGUCAGUCUCUAUACAUCUUAGGAAGCUUGAUGGCAGAGGGAUUUUUAGCUCCUGGAGAAAUUGAUCCCCUGAAUCGUAGGUUUUCUACUGUACCAAAGCCAGAUGUUGUGGUUCAAGUCUCAAUUCUAGCUGAGACAGAAGAUAUCAAGGCCAUUUUGAAGGACAAUGGAAUCGAUGUGGAGACCAUUGCUGAGGUAUACCCCAUCAGAGUACAACCAGCUCGUAUUCUCAGCCACAUUUAUUCUAGCCUAGGAUGCAACAGUAGAAUGAAACUCAGUGGACGACCUUACAGACACAUGGGAGUCCUUGGAACUUCAAAACUCUAUGACAUUCGGAAAACUAUCUUUACGUUCACUCCACAGUUCAUAGACCAGCAACAGUUCUACUUGGCUCUGGACAACAAGAUGAUAGUGGAAAUGCUUAGAACAGAUCUCUCCUACCUCUGUAGCCGUUGGAGGAUGACAGGGCAGCCUACCAUCACCUUCCCCAUCUCACACACCAUGCUUGAUGAAGAUGGAACCAGCUUGAAUUCAUCUAUCCUGGCAGCCCUCCGAAAAAUGCAGGAUGGCUAUUUUGGUGGGGCAAGGGUUCAAACAGGUAAAUUGUCAGAGUUCUUGACAACUUCUUGCUGCACACGUUUGAGCUUCAUGGACCCUGGGCCUGAGGGUAAGCUGUACAGUGAUGAUUAUGAUGACAGCUACAGUGAGCUGGAAUGUGGCAACUGGAUGGAUGGCUUUGAUUCAGCUAGUAAUGCUCGCUGUGGUGAUGAAGUUGCUCGUUAUUUAGAUCACCUUUUGGCCCACACUGCUCCCCAUCCUAAACUACCCCCUACCUCACAGAAGGGAGGGCUAGAUCGGUUCCGAGCUGCUGUGCAAACAACCUGCGACUUAAUGUCCUUGGUGACCAAGGCCAAGGACCUGCAUGUACAGAAUGUUCACAUGUAUCUUCCUACGAAGUUAUUUCAGGCUUCCCGGCCUUCGCUCAACUUACUUGACUCAUCUCAUCCCCCACAGGAGAACCAGGUUCCCUCUGUUCGUGUAGAAAUACAUAUUCCUAGAGACCAAUCUGGGGAGGUGGACUUCAAAACAUUGGUUUUACAAUUAAAGGAGAGUUCAAGCUUACAGGAGCAAGCUGAUACCCUCUACAUGCUGUAUACCAUGAAAGGACCUGACUGGGAUACUGGAUUAUAUGAUGAAGGGAGUGCUACAGUCAGAGAACUUCUUACUGAACUAUAUGGCAAAGUUGGCAAAAUCCGACACUGGGGCCUAAUCCGAUAUAUCUCUGGGAUCUUGAGGAAGAAGGUGGAAGCCCUAGAUGAGGCUUGCACAGAUCUCCUCUCUCACCAGAAACAUUUGACAGUGGGACUCCCCCCAGAACCUCGAGAAAAAAACAUCUCUGCGCCUCUUCCGUAUGAAGUGCUCACACAGCUGAUAGAUGAAGCCAGUGAAGGGGACAUGAGCAUUUCAAUCCUUACACAAGAAAUAAUGGUAUAUCUAGCCAUGUAUAUGCGAACUCAGCCUGGCCUCUUUGCUGAAAUGUUUCGACUUCGAAUUGGUCUGAUCAUACAAGUUAUGGCAACAGAACUAGCCCACUCCCUUCGAUGCUCAGCCGAGGAAGCCACGGAUGGCCUGAUGAACCUCAGUCCUUCAGCUAUGAAGAACCUUCUUCAUCACAUUCUCAGUGGCAAGGAGUUUGGAGUGGAGCGAAGCGUUCGUCCCAUUGAUUCAAAUGUCAGCCCCGCUAUUUCUAUCCAUGAGAUUGGUGCUGUUGGAGCAACCAAAACAGAACGAACUGGAAUCAUGCAGUUAAAAAGUGAGAUAAAGCAGUCACCUGGAACCUCUAUGACUCCAAGUGGUGGGUCCUUUCCUACCAUAUAUGUUCAACAGACAUCUGUAGAUAAUCGUCAAGGUCAGUGGCAACGCAGAAGAAGGCUGGAUGGAGCACUGAACAGAGUCCCAGUUGGGUUUUAUCAAAAAGUAUGGAAAGUUUUGCAGAAGUGUCAUGGACUUUCUGUGGAAGGUUUUGUACUUCCUUCUUCAACCACUAAGGAGAUGACUCCAGGAGAGAUUAAGUUCUCUGUUCAGGUGGAGUCUGUCCUGAAUCGUGUACCUCAGCCUGAAUAUCGUCAGCUUCUUGUUGAAGCCAUUCUUGUCCUCACAAUGCUGGCAGAUAUUGAAAUUCAUAGCAUUGGAAGCAUCAUUGCUGUGGAAAAAAUAGUGCAUAUUGCUAAUGACUUGUUCCUUCAAGAACAGAAAACCCUCGGUGCGGAUGAUACCAUGUUGGCAAAGGAUCCUGCGUCUGGCAUCUGCACUCUUCUGUAUGACAGUGCACCCAGUGGCAGGUUUGGCACUAUGACCUACCUCUCCAAAGCAGCUGCCACCUACGUCCAAGAGUUCCUGCCCCAUAGCAUCUGUGCAAUGCAGUGA